UAUAUAUAUAUAGUGUAGUAGAGGCAUAGCAACUCACAUUCAUUCAUUUCACUACUCUUUUUUAUUAUAUACUCAUGGACAUAGAAUUAUCAAUUACUCCGGCCGCCGCUCACCGGACCUCCGACGAGGUCAUUUUUGCCGACACGGUUUUUGGAUUUUGGGAGGAAUUUCAAGAUUCAUCAGAAAAUUCAUCCAAUUCCAGCAACGAUGAGGAAAUCGACGAUGACGACGAUGAAGAAGAAGAUGAUAGCAUUUGUCCUAUUGAAAAGAAUAAAACUUUUUGGGAAGAACAAGACCAACUUCUCAAGGCAACUUUGUGUAGGAGUAGCUCACGUGAGACAAAGAUUAGACAAGCAACAAAGGAGGCUCUUAAGGAAUUGAACAUGUCAGAGAUGUUAUGCAUGUGCCGGCGGCCGGUGGUGGAAGCUAAGAGCUGCCGGAAUUGUUUGCGUAGAGAAAUUUGUAAACGAUUAUCGAACCUUGGCUACAAUUCUUCCAUUUGCAAAUCUAAAUGGAGUAAUUCAUCGGAGAUUCCAUCGGGGGAGCAUACUUAUUUGGAAGUGACGGAAAAUUCAUCAAACAUUAAAAGAGGAGUAAUAAAGGUGGUUAUUGAAUUGAAUUUUAGAGCUGAAUUUGAGAUGGCACGUGGUAACGAAGAAUACAACCAAUUAGUGAAACGAUUACCGGAAGUAUUUGUUGGAAAAGCAGAGAGAUUAAGAGUAUUUGUUAAGAUAAUGUGUUCAGCUGCUAAAAAAUGCAUGAAGGAGAAGAAAUUACACUUAGGACCAUGGAGGAAACAAAAGUAUAUGCUAGCUAAGUGGGAUGGAAAAUGUGAUACCUCUCUUUUGGAACCAUUGCCUACACUUUGCUCAACUAGGCCACGGAAACCUAAGGCUUCAAUGCUUACUUUUGAUUUAUUAGAAAAUAUUGUGGCUCAUCAUUGUACCGCAGUUCAAGUUAUAUGAUUUAGAUGCUCUUUUUUGCUUAAUAAUUAGAUGCUUUUAUAUAUGGAUCAGGGGCUGAAAAAUUAUAUUUAAUUUGAGUGUCUUGAUAGUAUUAUUGUAAAAAUUAUAUAGUAAGUUGAGUUAAUAUAUUUGAUGAUCCUGAUUUUUGUUCAAUA